AUGUCACACGAAAUGUCCCACCUGGGCCCCCGGGCCUUCAACCACGACCAGAGCAGCGACGCCGAACAGGAAUACGACCGCCUCCGCGACCUCGCGCGGCAGGAGGCCUCGAAGCGCGGCGAUUGUUUCUCACGGUCCAAGGAAGCCUACUCCAACGGCGAUGGCGCGCGCGCCAAACAAUUGUCGGAGCAGGGCAAGGCGCACGGGCGCAAGAUGGAGGAAUAUAACAAACAAGCGUCCGAAUUUAUCUUCCGCGAGAACAACGCCAACGGGCACGUCGAGGCCGACACAAUUGAUUUGCACGGACAAUUCGUCGAAGAGGCCGAGGAGAUUCUGGAGGAGCGCAUUAAAUACGCCAAAGCGCAUGGUCAGAAUCACUUGCACGUAAUCGUCGGCAAGGGUAACCAUUCCGCCGGUCACAUCCAAAAGAUCAAGCCGCGUGUCGAACAAGUCUGCCAGGAACUCGGCCUGCAGUACGCCACUGAGGAAAACGCCGGUCGGAUCUACGUCAACCUGACCGGCGGCGAGGCCGUUAUGCCUUCUUAUCCUUCGCACCAGGCGCCGUACCACGGUGGUGGUGGCCAGUCAUACCCCGGCCAGCAGCAACAGCCACACCACCAGCAACAACAGCCGCAGCAGCAGGACGAGAUCGAGCAGGUCGUCAAUGCGCUGUUGCCCAAGGUUAUGCGCAAGUUGGAGAAGGCGUGCUGUGUUGUUAUGUAA